AUGCAGAAGGAGUUAUCUGCCUUUGACGAUGAUCUCAACCAGCGAGAGAUGUGUUUCCUCAUAUACCAGAGUGUUCAUAGUCUCACGGAGUUCUGGGUAAUGAAGCAGGCUCGCAAGGAGGAAUCGGCGGUGCACCUGCGAUUGUCUUACAAUCGGCAAACCCAGAAAUUCACACUGUACAAAGAUACAGGAGACAUGAUUUUUCAGACACCUGCAGAUCUUCUGAUGCAUUUCAGGAAACAAGCCAAUAUGAUCCGCCCCAAAACUGAAUGCAGCAUCUCCGAGCUGUACCACAGUGAUGACAUUGACUACUACUGCUCCACCAACACGGCCCCUACCGCGUCCACCUCGAGGAAGGAGCCGUCACUGUUUGGAGUUGAAAUAUUUCAAGAGGAUUUCAAGAUUGUUGGGCGGGGCAAGUUCACCCAGGUGUCAGAGGGGAUGCUGUACGACGAUGACAAGGAUGAGAAAGUCACCAUUAAAGAACUCAUACUUGUUGAACGGCACAAGAGUGAGGUUGGUAUAGCAUCUGUUCCAUCUGAGUCGUGGAGAAUAGUCAGUUAUUUGUCUGAUGCUUGUUAUCUUCUGCACAUCCAGGACUUCCAGCAGGGUGUGUGGAAACUCAUGCAGUUGGAGCACCACAAGACGUUUGUAAAGCUGCACGGUGUGUUGAUGGCGCCGCCAUUCAGAGUCAUCCUGGAGCAUGCUCCCAUGGGUGACCUGCUGACACUGCUGAGGCGCUCAUCCAUGCCGUUCAGUCUCGUCCAGAUCAUCUCUGUUGUUGAGCAGCUGACGCAAGGACUCAAGGCCAUGGAAGAGAAACAUAUCUUUCACGGCAACCUUCGGUGUCGGAACAUUUUGGUGAUGAACGUGACAGCCCUUGACCUGCUUGUGAGGAUCAGUGACCCGGGGAUGGAAGCUUAUUAUGUCAGCAAUGCCAUCAGUGACGAACAUAACAGUGAGAACAGAAAGAGAACGAGUUAUGUUAGCAAUGCUAUCAGUGAGGAACAGAAAAGAGAACGUGAUAUCAGUGAGGAACAGAACAGAGAACGACUUCCGUGGGUUGCAGUGGAGAGAUUUGACAAUCUCAAGAAACUUGAUUUGGCAUCUGAGAUUUACUCCUUCGCAAUGACAUGGUGGGAGAUGCUGGCGAAGGGAACCCAUCCCAAUGAGGCCAUUAACCUACCACCUGAUGCAACAUGGAAAACCUAUGUUGACUUUUUCAAGGAGGGCAACCGCCCCCCUCGCCCUGAGUCUGUGACUGCCUCUGAAGAUGACCCUGCAAGUGAGUGCAAGGAUGGGAUCUGGAAGUACAUUGAGCUGUGUUGGGACACAGACCCUGAAAACAGACCCUCCUCGAAGGAUAUCUCCAGGAAAGUUUACGAAUUGUGUGACCAAGUCCGGGAACAGGAGCAGUACCCAGACAUCCCCACAUGGGAAAAGCUGGUGAAGGAUUGGAAGGAGCGCAGUCAUCCAGAACAGGGACCAGAGGAGAGUGUUCUAGUCGCAGACACUGGCGACACUGUCAUCCACUCCGAGAGCCUGGAGGUUGAUGAAACUGAGAAAGGGCAUCUGGGUGCCGGCUUCUAUGGGAUGGUGAGGAAGGCCAAGCUGUAUGAGAAAACCUGCAAUAAGAGUCAGAAGCCACUCAACUUUAAAUUUGUUGCUGUCAAAGAAAUGAAGAAAUUUUCUUCUGCAACCCACAAAUUGGACUUCAUGCAAGAAAUUCAGAUUGCAUCUAAGCUGUCUCACAAAAAUAUUGUGCUCAUAGAAGGAGUUUGUAGCUCACCCAAACAGCUGCUGGUCAUGGAGUUUGUGGAACGCGGAGCUCUCAGCACCUAUCUCCACUCGUUGAGGAACGGUCAUCCCAACCCAAUAACACUCUGCAACUUUACUGUAGAUGUUGCCGAGGGCAUGAAAUAUCUCCACUCUAAGAAGAUUGUUCACCGAGACCUUGCUGCCCGCAACAUUCUCCUGACCCAAGACAAGACAGCUAAAAUUACUGACUUCGGUUUGUCUCGGCUUCUCAAAGAGAAGGAUUACUACAAGGGAUCCAUGGAAAAACCACUGCCUGUACAUUGGUGUUCCCCCGAGGCUCUAAGUCAUCGUCGGUUCAGCACAAAGGGCGAUGUGUGGAGCUACGGCAUCCUCCUGUGGGAGAUCUUCAGCCUGGGAAAGAAGCCUCAUCUGGUGGAAAGUGAUGAAAAGAUUAUCAUGCAAAACCUGUUCUUGAGCAUGCAGAAACAUAAGAGAUUGGAAGAACCUGCUCAUUGUGUUGAUGGCUUCUACCAGUUGAUGAAGGACAAGUGCUGGCAGUUUGAAGCAGACUUAAGGCCAGAUUUUGAUGAAAUUGUAAAAAUGGUGUAUGAACUCCGAAGAAAUUGUGAAGAAUCUAGCAGAAGGCUGGCAUAAGAGACAUGCCUGUUAUAGACAGCUCUUCCAUGAACGAGUGUUCAAGCUUCAAAAUUAUUGAGAUGUUAAAAUUGGAUUUAUGCAAAUAUCUGUCAUAAGCUGUGUGUGCCCUUUCUUGCAUUCAAAAGAUUGUGUGAAGCACUGGAUAGUUUCCAUGAUGCUUAAGUUACUGGCACCAAGAGGCACAGUAACGAUUGUGUUGAGAUCAACUUCGUUCCUGUAGCCAUGUCUUCCAUCUUACAGCAGGUGAUGUAGUCACACGACAGGCGGUCACGUGACAGGCGGUCACAUGGUAUCUGGAGAACUAGCCUUAGAGAAACAGGAAUCCACACUGAUUCAUCCAAAUUCUAGAUAGGCUGCAUAAUUAGUGUGAAUAUGGAAGAAAAAUUAUUACACAGUUUGAUUUAGUUUUUUCCUUGUCUCCUGGUGGUACCGGUAUGUAUUUAAGAGUUUGAAGAUAGGAAAGCAGGAUAUGAUUCAGAUUGUGGCACCAGGGCCUAGUCUGAAACAAAAGGAACUUGAUUUGUGAUAUUGUUUUGUUAUUUUAUGUUGAGUAACUUCUGUUUUGCCACAUGUCCUUGAAUCUUUCCAUCCUUCCUCACUUGCUCACAAAUUGAUUGUACUUGUGGCGCAUGCUAAAGUUGUUUUGUGAUUCAAGGUGUCUCACCCCAGUCAACCAGUAGAGCUGUUAUUCAAUCAGUUGUAUUAUCAUCAGUUUGUGAUAACUAUUUUUAACAUG